AUUGAUAGUCCGUUAGCCGCCUCCCCCCGCUCAGUUCAGCCCGUCUGGAGUGAAGCAUCGGUGUCUCCUUCCCUCAGCUUCACUAACACUCGGAGGAAGAGUUAAUAAGCCUUCCUCUGGGCACAAUGGAGCAUACUGUGAAAAAACCCCUGAGCUGGGAAACCAGGGAGCAGCUCAAAGAAAGGCUGGCCUUGUUGAAGAAAGAAUACGCAAAAACAGUCCAUAAGUUACAGCGUGCACAAAAAGCUGAACGGGUGCGGAAUCAUGUUAAAAGCACCAUAAUGCACCAGAAUCAACUGUUGGAAGAGCAGAGCAUAACUCAGUUGAAGUCUGGUGAGGCCUCAUCAUUUUUGGAUACACGUCAGUCAAGCUCUUCAUGUCAGCGAAACCGAGUCCCAGUAGAAGAAAGCAAAGAGAAAAGAUCAGCCGUGACGUUUAAUCUUGAACCGGAAAUCAUAGAAGUAAUCAGUAGCCCAAAUGUGGCUUUGGCAAGCACAUUUGAAAGAGCUGAAGACCCUUCAACAGAUCCCACCCUUUCCCCAGUUGUGCAAACGAUCCCCAAUGCAAAGACAAGCAGUCAAGUUCACAGUCGUCUGAAGCUGAAAAAAAAGAGGUCAUGUGAAAUGCUGAGAAAGGAAGCAGCCAGUGAGCAGAAUGACUUUCUAGCUGCUGAUGGAAAAUCCUGUGAUAAAGAAAUAGAGGAACUGGAUUCACCUGUUAACAAAGAGCCUGUAAGAUCUUACAACUUUGACAGAGAUACAAAUGCCACUAAAUCAGUAUAUGGGGAUGUAAAGGAGAAUGUGGAGCAUAGAAUAUUCCUGGGUUCUCCUCAAGGUAAAGAACACUUUAAAUCAUUCAAAAAUGGAGUGCAGGAGGUGGAAGACGAUUGUUUGACCUUACCCUUGGGCAGAACUGUGAAUGGCUCGGUUUACUGCAGUUCUGGUGAUAAGACUACAGGAGUGUCUGCUUGUGAAAAUAAAGCUUUCAGUUCAAGAGACUUCAAGGUCCUGACUGAAGAUGCCCAACAACAGCAAGCAAAGCAAAACUGCUCUGAGGAUCUCUUUGAAGCUUCUGAGAGCAAUCUUGCAAAUAAGUCAGUAGUGUUAAAUCCAGAUUGUCUUCAGGAAAGUACUGCUGUAGCUGAAGCUUCAGAAGAGACCCCACUGAACUCUUGUACCCUUGUCGAGGGCCUUCUCUUCCCUGUUGAGUACUAUGUACGAACAACUCGACGCAUGACCAACUGUCGGCGACAAGUGGAUCUGGAUGCAGUGAUUCACAGCCACUUGGGAAAAUGCAGAAAUGGUGGUAAGGGAAGGUCUAGGAAAUUGACACGUGACCAGAGCAAUCCUGUAAAAGGCUUUCCCAAGGCUGAGGGAGAGCUCAGCAACACAUUGUUACUUUUUAACAGUCAGGAGGAUGGUAUUGCUGUAUCUGAUGCAGAUACUUCACAGCUGGACUCACUGUGCCCCUCGAAUAUUGGUAUUGAUUCUCAGAACAUUAAAGCAAGCCCAGAAAGAGAGAGAAAAAGUGAUAGAGAAGAAUCCACAAAAUCCAAGCUCACUGAUACUGAACUGUUUAAAGAUGAGCUUGUAGAGUGGACUUUGAAUAACCACAGACUUCCUGAUGAUAUUCAGUGUGCUAUGACUUCUGAAGUUCAAAAGGAGAGAGAGAGCAAGGAGAAUGAAAGUAACUCUUGUCAGUCAGUGUCCGAUGUGAAUGAAUUAUGUGGAAGUGCUGUUAAUAAGUUGGGUGCUCGUAGUUUUUCAAAUAUUACUAACUUUACUGUCAAGAGUUCCAAUCUCUCUCAGAAUGAUUCUGAGCAUAUCGUGGAAUCAUUACAGAACUCUGAAAGCCAGACCAGUGAUAUGUUAGUAGGACCUUUCAAAGAGAAUUCAAUUGAUCCGUCAACUGUAAACGAGGAGUCUAUACUCACUCUGUCAGAGCAUCAUUCAGGCUUAAAUAGUGCUACUGACAGUCAGGAACUGAUCCCAGAGACUCAGCAAGAUUCCUUUUUUAGCACAGCAAGGAAGAAGAGUUUCAGACGUACAAGACAGUCUUUACCAUUGGGAAUUGAUUCAUACACUGAGGAAUCUUUAUGCCAAGUGUCUCAGCCCAAAAGGAGGGUGAGGCUGUCAAAAGGUAACUCUUAUCGCAGAACACGUGCUGGCUUGAGGAAGCUUAACACAGGACUUGAAGAGGGAACCCUGACAUGCUCGGAACCGUUACUCUCUGUCAAAAAGCCUGUUGUCAAAAAGCUAUUUCACAGUCUGGAGGUCCAGGAUUUCGACCUCCCCGAUGAAGAAUACGGUCAACUUAAAGAGAAAUUAAGAGCAGAGUCAUUGAGGAAAUUGCUUCUUCCAUCCCAGCAUAAUAUGUUUAACUGUGCUAUGGAAACACAGGUGAAAACUGAGAAUGGGGAUAUGGGGAAAUGUGACAGCCCACAUUCACAGAACAGCAAACAAGCUGUAGAAAACUUUGAAGAACUCCACCUACAAAAGAGUUUGGAUUGCAAGGAAAUCAACAGGACCGCAGAGAAACCAGCAUCAGAUGAUGUCAUUUGUCCUUCUGGUCAGAAAACACCAAAAACUGCAUCUAACUAUAAACUAUCUUCCAGUGUUCUGCUGUCAACACCUUCCUGUACUCCACAGGUAGGGAGGGUCCACCAGAGUGAACAAGAUGCAAGUAGCCCUGUUUUUCCUUCACUUGGCUUCACUCCUGCAUCAAGUUCUGCAAAACAUUCUCAAAACAGCUGUGGAAACCAGAACUCCUCCCAAACUGAUAUACUGUCACAGAAUAAUGAUAGCAACUGUGAGGAAGAGUUACAAACAUCUGUUGAAGGAGAGGUGCCAUUAACAAAUGGAAAAGGCACUCCGUCUGCAAUGGAAUAUCCAGAAAAGGAGGAACAACCUGCACAGUGCUGCCAUGUCAGUCAGUCAGAGGUGGUGGAUGAGGAUUGUGCUGUGGAAUGUAUUGAAGAGAAUCCAUCAACCUCCUGCAUUAUUGACUUAUGUACAGUAUUCUGGAUGGUGAAAGAGGCCAAAAUGUCAUGCAUUGCCUGUGCUUGUGAAACAGCAGUGUUCUUGUGGGCCCCACAACAGCUAAACCAGUGGACUAAUAUCCAUAUGUGGGUCUUUGAUAAAGUUCCUAUAAUUGAACUGAUCCCCAUUCCAGAUGCUGUGAACAUCCUGUGUGUGGCCUUUGGAAGCCUGGAAAUAAGGGAAGUCAAGGUAUUGCACUCUGUGGACAGAAACUGCUUGGAACACACCCUGCUGCAGACAGGAGAUAUAAAUGCGGUGCUUGGGUUACCUGGAAGGAGGCUGGUCUGCUCUUGUGGCACACUCCAGAGUCAGCACAUAGAAUUGAACAUCUUAUCCAAAGAAGGAAGGAGUGAACGACGUAUGCAGUUGGUCCCACCCAAUGAGAUGGUUCUGGCUUUCAGUGAAGUCAAAGGGGAGGCAGAAGCUUUGAUUGGAUCGACAAUAAUGAGCAAUAUUGUCAUUUGGAACUUAAAGACUGGACAUCUUCUGAAGAAAAUCCACUUAAGUGAAAGUUACCCGGGCACUGUCUGCCAGAAGGCCUAUUCAGAGUCUGGCAUAUUGUUCAUACUCCUAACUCAUCGGUAUGUUGGCACUUGUGAUAGAUCUGGUGGAAAUAGAAUCUGUGUUUUAAGAAUGGUUGGUGUCAAUCCUAUGAAUGGUAAAAGUAAACCUGUCAUGUCAUAUAUGCUUCCACAGGAAUGCCAUGGAAGGUACCUUGUUGGAGGUGUGAAAGACCAGUCAAUUGCAGCAAUUGUAACCCCUGGAACCCUGAUUCUUUGGGAUGUACUUUCUGGCCACAUCUCGACUGUUCUACACCAUGGCCCCAAUGCAUUCUGGUCACUUUUCCACUGGGCAGAAGCCAAUUCCUGCCUCCUGGCCAGAAAGAAUGACCAAACUGUGUAUAUCUAUAAAUAUAUGGGAGCUAGAUUGAAUGACGUAUGAUGGUAUUACUGCAUCAAGAUUGAUGCAAGAAAGUGGCUUCAAAGUCUAUUUAUUUAUUUGAAACUUUUUUAUCUUAUCAGUUGAAUGAAAACACCAAAUAAUAUGUUUGUAGAACAAAACAUUGCAGUGCAAAGAUGAUUACUUUUGUUUCCUGUGUACUAUGUAAAGUUGUACUACAAUUUGUAUUGAUGUAUUGAACUGUUGUAUAGUGUCUGUUAUUGCUAUUGGGGAAAGCCAGAAUAUGAAAUCUGGACUGGCCUAUUUCAGCAAAAUGUUCAGAGGGUACCUAGUGGACAAUAUAGAGAAUCGCCUUUUAUACGUUUAGGCGAGUAUUAGACACCACUUUUCUUUCCAAAUGUUCAGUUCUGGGUGAUUCGGGAAAAGCAUUGUGAACUUCCUGUGUCGUAGUUUUACACUGCAAAGGUCAUUCUUACUCAUUUUCACAAUUUUUUUGUUAAUGGAAUUAGAUCCUGAGAAUAUCAGGUGGAAACAUUUGCAUUAUCUUCACAUGUUGAAAGACAUUAUUGUUAAUUUAGGAUUUACAGCUUUGAAGGAGUAAGGGGAAAUCAUCAAAUAUCUUGUUCCAAUCAUUUGAGUGUAAACAUAUGAAUAAGAACAGCAGUAAAUCACAGCUCUUUACCAGUAAUAAAAGAUAGUUGACCAGUCCAUUCUGUACACAAACACUAAUUUGGUUAAGAAGUAAUGUCUUUCAUAAACUGCCUAAUAAACUGUGGUGCAGAGUUCUUAAUCUGAAUGCUUCAAUGUUGCAUAGUAUACUGCAGUCUGGAGCAGUUCCUCCUAUGGUAGUCAGCAAAAUAGCUACCUGAGUUUUGAGCUUUCCAGUACCUACCUGCUCAAAGUGUUUGGAAUUACUUGUGUUACAGCUCACAAGCUGUCUUCAUCCAUGUGGCCAGUCACCUUCAAUUGUGCAGCUGUCUACGAACAGGUAUUGUUGAUCUAGGCAAAGCUUUGUAGCUGCAAUGUCAUUGAAAGGAACAUCAUUUAAAAUGUCCCAAGAAAUGUGAGUAGAGUGGCUAGAAAACAUCCUUGCUUCCUCUCAUAUUAGAAAAUUAAUUAUCACUAGUCACAACUUACUAGUAGAACAGCAUCAAGAACUCUAGCUCACUUGAUCAAAAUGAAGUGUUCAUAGAACAAUCAAUAUGGAUAUAAGCAAGUACUUACCUGCAGUGAUUGCAGGCCCACCAACCUAAAAGACUAGAUAUGGAGGAUAUCGGUUGUCUUGUCAACAAGUUGGAAAUACGUUGUGGAUAGUUUGGGAUUUUCAAGCUGUUUGUUUUUGUUGACAAUUGUCAUAACAUCUAUAGUGGUGUAUGAUUGGACAAUUCUGGUUGCAGGUCCUGAAUUAAUACUUUGAGGGUGGAGAGGUACCAGCUUUUGAACAGGCAGUGAACAGUUGGAAGAAUGUUAAAGGAAAAAUCUGGAACCGUUCCCAGCUGCUGGUUUUAUCAGUUAGAGCUAUGUUGGUUGUUGGUUCAAGUCCAUUUCAGAAACCUGAGCUCAGAAAACUAUGCUGAUACUUGAGGGCUCUACUGAAGAACUGUUGACUUUUGCAAGAGGUUUGAAACCAAGAACCUAAAUACUUCAUAAAAACCGAAAGAACUGCAGAUGCUGUGAAUCAGGAACAAAAACAAAGUUGCUGGAAAAUAGAGUAAACGUUGUAGGUCCAGUGACCCUUCCUGAGAAGUUCUGAGGAAGGACCACUGGACCUGAAACGUUAACUCUGUUUUCUUUCCUUCACAGAUGCUGCCAGACCUGCUGAGCUUUUCCAGCAACUUUGUUUUUGAACCUAAAUACUCCCUCAGGCAAAAAUAAAAGAUCCAAGAUUUGGUCUUUUAUAAGCUUCUGACUGGAGAUGAGACCCAGCGUGGAAAGAAUUACAAAAUGAAAAAUGUAAAUGCACUACAUACAAAGAAUAAUAAGAGGAAUUAUAACAAUAGGUGUAUAAAUUUGUACAUAUUUCAAACCCCUUCUUUGAAACAAAGAGUAAAUUGUAAACACUAAAAACUUAAAUUCUGGAAAUACAGCGUCUAUGACUACCUAAAAUAAAUGCUUCGUAUUCAGCUUCA